AUGCGCGGCAUCUCACCCUUCCUGCCGCAUACAAUCCGCUGCCGCCACUUGUGCCCUUCUUCUCCAAACCUCCUGCACCGCCCGUACUCGCAGGGCCCCGCCGUUGCGCCCACAUGGCGACCCUCGAGCGCAUUGGACGAAUGGGUGCAGCGCGAGGCCAGGCCCAUCAGUCUGCGCUCGCUGUCCGUCUUCGGCCGCACCCUCACCGAACGACGUCUGCUUGACUCGGCCAACUACUGCCGUCUGGAGCUCCCCACGAGGAUGGCCCACCGCCUCCGCGAUAUCCAAACCCUCCCCUACGUCGUCGUUGCCAACCCGCACCUGGCAUACGUCUACGAGCUGUACCUGCGCGCCUUCGAAAAGUUCCGCCGCAUCCCCGAGAUCAAGUCCCUCGACGACUGCGAAAACUACUGCAAGAUUCUCGACGAGACCCUCAAGGAACAUGCUGCCGUCAUCCCGCGUCUUGCCAUUGGCGUCCUGGAGAUUCGCGGUCUCAUGAGGCCCGACGAAACAGACAGGUUCAUGAACACCAUGCUGCGAUCCCGCAUUUCGCGCCGUGUCAUCGCUGAACAGCACCUGGCCCUCACCGAGACGUUCAAUUCUCCCUGGCAUUUCCCCAACGCCCAGCCCACCCACGAUCCAAAUGCCGAGACCGUGGGCGAAAUCUUCCUCAAGUGCAACGCGAAGGAGGUUGUUGAUCGCUGUGGGGAGACCACCAAGGAGUUGAUCAAGCAGGCCUACGGCUCCCAUGUCGAGCUACCGGACAUCAAGGUCGAGGGCCAUCUCGACGCUACCUUCCCGUACAUCCUGAGCCAUCUGGAGUACAUUAUUGGCGAGCUGUUGCGUAACUCCAUUCAGGCCGUUGUCGAACAGCGUAAAUACAAGGAUGCCAAACCUCCGCCCAUUGAGGUCCUGAUCUGCGAAACCUCUCAACACGUCAGCAUUCGCAUUUCCGACCAAGGUGGAGGCAUACCGACCGAGAUCCUGUCUCACCUCUGGAGCUUCAGCAAAGGCCCUCGUCGUGAGAAACGGCUCCAAAAUCUGGCGCGCGUACCCAAGCUUCUGGGAGCCGCCGACAACGCGACUAGCAAGCAGCCCAUGGCCGUCGAACACCCAGCAUCGCUUUCAACCCUAACAGGCCGCCCGCCUACUCUUCGCCUCGGCAUCGGCCUGCCCAUGGCGAGAGUCUAUGCUGAAUACUGGGCAGGCAGUCUUGAAAUUCAUAAUCUCGAGGGUUUCGGUGUAGAUGCUUUCCUGCAAAUUUCGAAAUUAGGAAACAAGAAUGAACGGUACGUAAUGACUGAUUCGCUUACCCAUAUGCUCCUUCUCCCAUCCUGCCGCGCUUUCUGGAAUCGACCUUCUAACCUUCCUGCAGAUUGACGACCCGCGCUACCAUGGACGCAAUCUAGAAGUCGCGGGCCAUACGUGACGGCUAUGUCUGUCUCCGACAUCUUUGUUGAAAACGCUGGCAUCACCACACUGCAUCGCAUCGUAUCGUCCAGCACAAUAUCGCAUUCCACUCCAUUAUUGCU